CCAUGGACCAGCCAGCGGAGUCAGAGGCCGAGUGAACAGUAUGGAGAGCAAUGUGGAGGAAGAGCUGAAGACUACACUGCACUAUGAUGACAAGGAGAAGCUACGCAGGAAGUUGGUACUUUUACAAAGGGAAUAUCUCAGAACAGCCGAGAAACUACAGCGUGCUGAGCGUUUGGAAGCAGUGCGUAGACAUGUGAGGAGCAGGAUCACACAGCAGAACCACCAGGACCAGAGGGACCCAGAGGUGACAUCUAACCCAUGUCACAACCCAUCGUCAUUGACAGUGAACACUGCCAAUGCCACAGCCCAAGGUCUCGAAGAUUCUGAUAACUUCAGGAGGAGCCAGGUGAUCAGGUUCCUGCUCCCCUCUGAUGCUGCCUGCCCGCAAACCCCAGAUCCCAGCCAUGACUCAGGUAGAGGUCACAGACCCAGUCCUGCCCUGCGCCUCAGGUCUCGGCGCAGCCGCCUGCGGUGGGAAAGGAGGAGUGCUGAGACUGGCAGGAUCACAGACAGCAGUCAAGAAGGACAGGAGCAGAGUGAAAGGGUGGAGGAGAAAACCAAGUCUGAGGGAACAGAGAACAGAAAUAAAGACGAGCAAAAUGCAGCAGAGAAAAUUGAAAAUGAAAAAGGGCAUGAUAACACUACGGAAAUAAAAGAAGAAAAGACUGGGGGUCUCUUGGACUCCUGUACUCUAGUGGAGGGACUGCUUUUCCCAGUGGAGUACUAUGUCCGAACCACAAGGCGUAUGACAAUUUCACAGAGUCAGCCUGAUAUGCAGGCCAUCAUAUUGUCCCAGCUGAGCAUGGGACGACAUCGCAGGAGCCGGGGCCGUGGCCGUGGCAGAGGAUUGAACAGGCACACACUCACCAAUGAAUGUUCAGAUCAGCACACUGAGACAGAUUUCUCCUCUCUGACAGCUGCAUCUAUAGAUCCUUAUAAAUCAUCACAGAUGCAGACUGUUGAUGCAUCUACCGACCUUACUGGCAACAGUGAGAGCUCCAGCGAGAUUUCAAAUAUAAACUCUCCCAGUCAGACUAAUGUGGAUGCUUUCUCAUCCCCUGCUGUCAGCACCACUCGUCCAGGGAGAGGAAGGAGGAGAAAAAGAGGCAGGGGCAGGGGCAGGGGCAGGGGCAGAGGAAGAAGCCAGACCCCAUGGUCCCCUCUUAGUUUAGACACCCAUCAAACAGUCUUUGAACAAACCUCAGAUGAUAACCAGCCCGCCAGCAUCCCGGUCUCUUCCUCCCCGUCUCUCCAUGGAGCUGAUGGACCAAAGCCUUGUCUCGCUCCCGGGGAACCUGUUCUUGUGCCAGAUGAUCCCCAGUCUGUGUCCACCCACAGCACAGCUACCCAGCCUUCCUCUGGGGUUAAUGGAGCUGAGUGCAGUGCUGCCUCUGGACAUGUGGAGAAGGUCUAUCCCAUCUUUCUGAAGAGCAGUGGCAGGACAAACACAUCCACACAGACGAGCAGAAGUUCAUCGAGCUGGCGAUCUCUCCUCUUGCCUUCCUCUCCACCUUCCCAAACUUCUCUUCUUCCUCUGCCGUCUCUGUCCCCUGGCCUGCUGGUCAGCAACUUGAUGAAUUUUGACAUCCACCAAGAUUUUCAUCUCCCUGAUGACCAGUUUGCCUCCCUGAAGUUACACAAGCUUCGCCAAGUCGCUUUGGAAUCAGGAGUUGAACAUUUUACAGCCCCCUCUUAUAAUACUCGUAGAAGCAACCGCCACUCUCACCCUCGCUACAGCACCAGUGACCCAGUGAUGCCACUUCCUCUCCCACUCAGCCUCACACCCACGAUUACAGAUUCAGAGCAGCCAGCUGCAGGAAAACAAGCUGCUACACAGUCUGCAGACUUCCAAAACUUGAUGAUGAACCACAAGCUCGCAAGCCAGUCCUUCGCUGAAGAGCAAUCUAACCGAGAUAUUACAGAAACCCCUGCAGAGCAGCAGACUGAAAACCUCCAUGCAAAGACUCACACCAGCUCAACAGAACCUGUGUCAGUGGUUCAAGAGCGUGCUGCUGACUGUGUAGCUCAAACUGAAGAGCAAGAUACUGUGAGUUUGAAUAGUCGUGGUGAGAGUAGCGUCUCAGCCUGCAACACAGACACGUCCAUAGACCACCGUAUCAAACCUCAGCCUCACAUGAACUUUGCAGACAGACCUGCAGGCAAAGUGAGUGAUAAUGUUGUUGGGCAGUCAAAUGAACUUAAACAGCCUGCAUCAGAAAAACACACAGACUGUGCUGGUGUGGUCCAUCCUGUGGAGGAUCACACAGACAAAGCUGUCAUCAAGGCUCUUUCCUUUGAUUGCCAUCUACAGGAAACACCCGAGGAGCCUUCUAACAGCUGCACCGCUGUACGGACGUGUAAUGUCAUUGAUGCUCCAGGAGAGUCUCCUGUGAAGCAUCCGAAUGUGGAAUCUCCUGCCAAACAUCCAAAGGAAUCCUCUGAACCCACAACUUGUCCUCCCAGAGACAGUUCAGUGGAAAAUAAAAAUCAGAAUAAGUCUUCACCGCGCCACAGAGUCCACUCUCAGCUCCUGUUGAGCCCUCCUCUGGCCACGGCACCCUGCUCCGACAUAACCCCACAUCUGUCCUCCUCUGCUAUCUUCGCCAGCCCCACACUACCCUCCCUAGGACUCACCCCCCACCCUGUUGCUACCGGCCUCCCCCUGACCUCCUCUCCCUCUGCCCCACCUCUCACCCUGCCUCCUCCUCACAGCCCGUCAACCCAGGCCCUAUCUCCCCCGGCUCUCUCUCCCUGUCCGUCCAUCCCCUCCCUCCCUCCCAGCCAGCCUUUGGUCUCCAGUCAGAACCAGGCUCCAUCAGAACCGUCAGAUACAGCUGAUUGUGUGCGUCACAGGGUUGAACCGGCUACCUGUCCAACUGCAUCCAGCGUCCAAUCACAGGGCACGGGUUGGCAGGUGUGCCCGAGAACAGAGGAGACUGCAGAGCAACACGUGAUGAUAUGUGCGCACACGCUGAAGGCCCCAGCAGGAGGCUGUCUGGUGGACACAUGCUGUCUGCCUGGACCCUCAGGUGGUUUGUAUGUAGCAGCAGCAGGGAAAUGGGCAGUGUGUCUGUGGAGUCAGACUUCAGCAUCCGAUUGGAGCUUAAUACACACCUGGACCUUCAAUGACCCAGUGAUCAAUGUGUUUCCUGUCCCGGAUGCUGCUGGGCUGAUGUUUGUGACUCUGGGUCAGCUGGAAAUCAGAGAAGUGAGGCUGCUGUCGUGCUCCAGCCUCAUGCAAGUGCUGCUAUGUGAGGGGGUCGUCCAGGCUGUUGUAGGUGUGUCCAAGUCCAGAGUGGUUACCUCCUCCCACUCAGCAACAGGUUCCACCCUGCAGGUGUUUGAUAUGUCAGACAACAGCAGCACGCCAAGCUGUCAGCCUCUUGUGUCUCCUGGUGUUUGUAUCGGGGCCCUCGCGCCAGUGGAUGGACUUUCUGAUGCUCUGAUUGGCACAGAUGAGGGUGGAGGUGUCUUCGUCUGGAAUUUAAAGAGUGGACAGCUGCUGCGUAGAAUCGUCCUGGGAGACGGUUUUACACACACGGCCUGUCUCAGAGGAUACUCCUAUCAUGGAGUGUUAUUUGUCUUGCUGCAGCAUCAGUUGCUCAGCUCCCUGGAGGAAGAAGAAAAAGAGGCCAUAUUUUCAGAGCAGGAGAAAGAAGAGGAGAAGAAGAAGACCGCCUUGUUCUCCUUGGUCGCCGUUAACCCUCUGAGUAGCAAAUCUGUGCUGGCUACUCGACUGUAUCCACCCAAAGCCUGGUCUGGCAGACUGUGUGAAGCCGAUGUCAAUAGGUUCAGCGUGGUCGGUCUGAGUCAGAGCGGCUGUGUGUGUGUGUGGGAGCUCGGGCGUCAGGGGGCCUCGAGGAUGGUGUGGGCUCCUGAGAGCGAAGGCUGGCAGCUGGCUCGCUGGGGGGGACGAGACACGCUGGUUACUGGCCAUCACAACGGAGAUGUUACUUUACACUGCUACAGUCUGACUUCACUCUGCCUCUAAAAUAUAGACUCUUAGAUGACUUUAAUCAAACUUAAAAAAAAUCAAGCCUUUCUGUCACUGUAUGAAUGUUUAUAUCAAGAUUUUAACAAGGCUUCAGUUCAGAGACACCAUUAAAAAAUUUUAACAUCUGUUUUGUUUUGCUUCGCAAGGAGGUUCUGUGGCUCGGACAUUGCAGUUUGACAAAAUAUAACUUUCAGUGACAGGAUUGUCUCCAGGCCACAGUACUGCUAAAAUAUGGGGAUUAAUAUACUGUAAACUAAAUAUAUCCCAUAAGUUAGUGGCGCACUUGAUCUAAGCUUUACUUAGAACCUCGGUAAGACUGAACUGUUAAAGCUGGAGUGCUGCUAUAUUAUACUGGAUUGCCUCCAGCCUUUGGAUUUGUUGUUUUUAGAACACCAGUAUCACACACUGGAUAUCUCUUAACUGAACCUCUUUGUGGGGCAAUGUCUACUAGAUGGUGAAUUUUCACUUUUUAGACCACUGUAACCCCCAAUCUGAAAACCAACCUUGUGUUUUAUUACCUUUGCUGUUUUGACUGUUCUUUGCGUAAUUGCCUACAUGUUAUUAUAUUUGUUAUA